CGGGAGCACCCGAGGGAAGGAUGCUCUGCCCCGCUGUCCUCGCUGCUGCCGGCCUCGGGGUGUGAAAAUGCGGCUGGAGAGGGUCAAGUGAUGCCAGGAAGGGUUUUGGCCCUUUGGGAGGUACGACGCAGGGAAUGACGGCUUCAUUGACCUGAUGGAGCUGAAGCUGAUGAUGGAGAAACUGGGGGCUCCACAGACGCAUCUGGGACUGAAGAACAUGAUCAAGGAGGUGGAUGAAGACCUGGACAGCAAGCUCAGCUUUCGAGAGUUCCUGCUGAUUUUCCGGAAGGCAGCAGCGGGUGAGCUGCAGGAGGACAGUGGGCUGCACGCCCUGGCCCGGCUCUCCGAGAUCGAUGUCUCCACAGAGGGGGUGAAAGGUGCCAAGAACUUCUUUGAGGCCAAGGCACAAGCCAUCAACGAAGCCAGCAGGUUCGAGGAGGAGAUCAAGGCAGAGCAGGAGGAGAAGAAGAAGCAGGCAGAGGAGCUGAAGCAGAGGAAGGCAGCCUUCAAGGAGCUGCAGUCCACCUUCACGCAGUGACAGGGCCGGGCAGGACUGGUCAGCGGUGCCCAGACUGGCAGCGCUGCCCGUGCCAGCCGUGCCGGGAGCGAUGCCGGAGCCGCGUCCCGGCGCGGGCUCGGCACAGCGCCCACCUCUCCGGCAGAGCCCAGCCCGCCCCAGCUCCCCCUCCCCUCUUGCUGUGGUGUCUGUAGGUGUUGUUUGUGCCCCCCUCGCCUCCCCAGCGUGCCCCCCACCCUGAGCAGCACCCAGGGGAGCUGUAUCCCGAAUGUCCCUCCCUGGGACGCCCGUGCCCGGCCUGUUGUGUGUUGUGAGUGCACUGGGAGGUUUGCAGGAUGGGGGCUUGUGCAGGUGCUGGGUGUUGGUGUUGCUGUGUGUGACACCAGUGACAAAAGCCAUGGCAAGGGCCAGGUGCUGUUAGAGGGGCUCUGUGUGUGUGUGUGUGUGUGUGUGUGUGUGUGUGGUGCUGGGGGGUGGGUGGGUGCCCACCAUGCCCACCCCACUGACUUGGAGCCCUCCAGGAGCUGUGUCUCUCUUUAUUUUGCUCAAAAGACGUACAGAAGGGCAGCUGCUGGCUCGUGGGGCUGUGUUAUGUUUCUUUUCAUGUUGUGUUCAGCCUGGCAGGAUGAGCAUGGUGGCCACAAGUGGCUGCCACUGGUCACUGAGGCUCUCGUGUUUGUGGGUGGCUGUGAAAACCCACAUCUGUGUCCCCCGAGUGGUGGCAUGGGGGGUGUGUUAUGUUUUUUUUUUAAUUUAAUCCCAAAUAAAUAUUAUAUUUCUUAA